AUGCCCCAUACUGCUGCUUAUAACAAGGAUUUCUGCUGCUCCUCGUGUCCACGUUCCUCUACAACCCAAAAUCAGCUCCACAAUCACAUCAAGAGCUGCAACCAUGAUAAAUAUGAGACUCUGGUGAAGAUUAAGACUGAACAUGAGGAUCUGACGCCCACCAGAAGUUCCAGUAAUCAGCAAACGUCCUCUGGUACUGUCAACAUUAACACCUCUCUCAGUCCCACACAGGAAGAAGGAAACGUCUGCUCACAGUGUGGGAAGAGCUUCAGGUUCCUGAGUCAUCUCAAAAUACACCAGCGCAUUCACACAGGAGAGAAUCUGUAUCAGUGCUCACAGUGUGGGAAGAGCUUCAGGACCCAUGGUGUUCUCAAAACUCACCAGCACAUUCACACUGGAGAGAAACCAUAUCAGUGCUCACAGUGUGGGAAGAGUUUUAAUCAACAGAGUGCUCUUAAAAUACACCAGCGCAUUCACACUGGAGAGAAACCAUAUCAUUGCUCACAGUGUGGAAAGAGUUUUAUUACACAGAGUGAUCUGAAAAAACACCAGCGCAUUCACACUGGAGAGAAACCGUAUCAAUGUUCACAGUGUGGGAAAAGUUUUACUGAACAGAGUGCUCUCAAAGUACACCAGCGCAUUCACACUGGGGAGAAACCGUAUCAGUGCUCACAGUGUGAGAAGAGUUUUAAUACACAGAGUAAUCUAAAAAUACACCAGCACAUUCACACUGGGGAGAAACCGUAUCAGUGCUCACAGUGUGAGAAGAGUUUUAAUACACAGAGUCAUCUUAAAAUGCACCAGCGUAUUCACACUGGAGAGAAACCGUAUCAGUGCUCACAGUGUGAGAAGAGUUUUAAUACACAGAGCAAUCUAAAAAUACACCAGCGCAUUCACACUGGGGAGAAACCGUAUCAGUGCUCACAGUGUGAGAAGAGUUUUAAUACACAGAGUAAUCUAAAAAUACACCAGCGCAUUCACACUGGAGAGAAACCAUAUCAGUGCUUACAGUGUGGAAAGAGUUUUAAUCAACAGAGUGCUCUUAAAAUACACCAGCGCAUUCACACUGGAGAGAAACCAUAUCAGUGCUUACAGUGUGGAAAGAGUUUUAAUCAACAGAAUGCUCUUAAAAUCCACCAGCGCAUUGAGAGGAACUGUAUCAGUGCUCACAGUGUUGAAAGAGAUGUUUUGUAUAAAAGUGUCGACUAAAUGCUACAAAUGUGUGUAAAUGAGUCUAUAAAAGUGAGUGAGCUGAGUGAGUAGGACGGUUAGUGAGUGACGUCUUCAGAUGAAUUGGUGCUUCAUCCAGCUAAACGUGGUGGUAAGGAACUGAACUUAAGUAACGGUUCUUUUUUUUAUUUCCAGGUUUAUGAGUUUCCAUCGUUUUCACUUUUAACAUAUAUUUAAAUUUUAGUUCAUCUCUAAUCUAAAACUAUUUUUUUCUUGUUAAUAAUGUAGAAUAUUUUGU